AUGAGCGCCCCCACCGCCCCUCAAGAGGCCUUCUCUGCGGAGAACCAUUUCCAGGAUGGGAAGCAUCACGUCCUUCUCGCAGCGACUGGCUCUGUUGCCACCAUCAAAAUCCCCUUGAUCGCAAAAUCUCUCGCUCGACAUCCUAAUAUCUCCAUCCGCAUCCUUCUCACUCCCUCUGCAGAGGAGUUUUUGCAAGGCCAGGCCUCCGAACAGCCAUGCCUCGCCUCGCUACUCGACUUGGACAAUCUUGACGGAAUCUACCAUGAUCGGGACGAAUGGGCCAAACCCUGGGUCCGCGGCGACAAGAUCCUGCACAUAGAACUACGUCGCUGGGCUCAUGUCCUACUUGUCGCUCCAUUGUCUGCCAAUUCGCUAGCAAAGAUGGUCAACGGGAUCAGUGAUGGCUUACUCCUCAGUGUGAUCCGCGCUUGGGAUACAACAGGCCUUAUCGACGUGAGGAGGAAGAGAAUCUUUGUCGCGCCGGCCAUGAAUACAGCGAUGUGGCGGCAUCCCAUCACGAAGAAGCAAAUCAAGGUGCUAGAGCAGGACUGGGGAGACGGUGAGAAUGGAUGGAUCACAGUUUUGCGGCCGAUAGAAAAGGAGCUAGCUUGUGGUGAUGUUGGUGACGGUGCCAUGUUAGAUUGGAAAUUGAUUGUGGAACAUAUCGAGUCUCAUUUGGGCAUUGAUCUACGGAAACAGGACGGAGCGGUAAAUGGUAGCUGA